GUAUAGCCUGCUCAGGUCUUCUUCACAGUAGUGUGAGAUAUCACAAAGUCCAACGAGGUAGGAAUUGAGGAGGAGGAGACGUAGAUCAGUCCAGAGGAGAGACUGCACUACUCCAGGCAACUUGUCUGUCCUGCAGACAGCCAGAAACCACAGGCCACCAUGACAGAGUGGACCCUGCUCAAACGACUCCUGGAUGCUGUCCACCAGCACUCCACCAUGAUCGGUCGCCUGUGGCUCACUGUCAUGGUUAUCUUCCGGCUGCUCAUUGUCGCCGUGGCAACUGAGGAUGUGUACACUGAUGAGCAGGAGAUGUUUGUGUGCAACACGCUGCAGCCAGGAUGCUCCACCGUCUGCUACGAUGCAUUUGCACCCAUUUCUCAACCUCGCUUCUGGGUUUUCCAUAUCAUCAGUGUCUCCACACCAUCCCUGUGUUUCAUCAUCUACACAUGGCACAACCUCUCCAAGAUGCCCCACAGCACCACCCAGAGGCAGGGGCAAGGUCGAAGGGAUACCUUAGGGAAGGAAGACCCAGAUGUGGGCAGAGGGGGUGUAAGGGAAGUGUACGAUCAGAGCUGUGACUCAGACAGCUGCUCCAUCCACUCUCAUAAGCAUUUGGGUCACAGCCUGGCAGACGUGCUGGAGGGCAUUUCUGCCCACAGCCUCCAGAGGGGAGGUCCUAACAACAUGGUGUCCUUAAGUCACACGCGAGCUUGUACCUUCAGGGAGGGCAGUGCAGAGGGCCAUAUGGUGUCUGGUGGAGUUCUGUCUAAGUGUUAUGUUUUCCAUGUGUGUUUACGGACUGUUUUGGAGCUUGGCUUUGUCUUGGCCCAGUGGAAGCUGUUUGGCUUUCAGGUACCUGUCCAUUUCUUGUGUAACUCGCCCCCCUGCAGCCAACCAGUGGACUGCUACGUCUCCAGGCCUACAGAGAAGACCAUCUUCUUGCUCUUCAUGUUCUGCGUGGGUGUUUUCUGUAUCCUGCUCAAUCUGCUGGAGCUCAACCACUUAGGUUGGAAGAAGAUCAGGCAGGUGGUGAGGCUGAGGGAGAAGCCAUCAUGGGGAGGAUGCUCAGGUAUGAGGGGAGGAUAUGAAACCUUCCCUCCAGACAGUCCUUCUCUCAGAUCCUCUUUAGGCUUCAGAGACGUGACCAGCACCACCUCCCUGCCCACGUUGGACCUAGUGGUGGGUCACCAGCCUACGUGGACCUGUGCUAUCAACUGUGGUAGGAUGAGGGGGUCUGAGGAGGGCAGAGGAACUAGCCUGGAUCAACCAAGGAGACAGGACUCCCAUAAAGGAGAAAGGCAGCCUCUGAAGAUUAAGAGAGAAUUCAGAGGUUCAAAGCAGAGGAGUACUGAGGUCUGGAUCUAGUCUGCAACCAUGUGGUUCAUGUAAGCCCCAAUACUUCCAAAACAUACGCCCGCUGUCAUGUUCUUCUAUGGGACAGACAGCAAAAAGAAAAAAAAAAUAAACACACACACACACCCAAGUACUUAUUUAGCUGUUAUUGCAUUAUUGCAUUGUUGUUCAUAUCAGUUUUGUAUUUUGAGAGGCAGGGUGACAAUGAAAAGCUGUGUAUUACUUAGAUAAGUUUUACAUUUUUGGAGGGAAAAGGUGUUUAACUUUUCUAUUCCAUAUCAUUCAUCUGAUGAUAGAAGUCUCAUGAUUUUCAUUUUAGCGCAACUGGGCUGUUUUAUUGAUUCCCGUGAUUUGGCUUAUAAAUUCCGAUUAAGCCAUUAGCUUACCUUUGUGGUAGUGCAAAGAAGUCUGCCGUGGUCUGUUCAGCAUUCGCCUAGCAGCAAGCUCACUUCUUCUGAUGAAAGUGGCCACCCCCAGGACCACAACAUGAAACAUGAUCAUGUCAAGACUAAGAAUAUUACUAGAAUAUUUAAGAUUAAGCCAGUUACACAUGUUAUCAAAACCCUUACAGAAUGAAAACGAUUUUACGCUUGUAUGUUUGGGCCUAUAGGUAAGUGCAGAGCUAUUAAGAUUUUUCUCUAUGGUUCUGGGUUGGUGCACAG